CACCUUGUCGUAUAAAAUGGACAAAACAAGCCAUAUUUCCACAUUGUGAACAGGAGUACAGAUAAAUCCGGACGAAGAGAACAACCAAUAAUACAGGCAGCUCUAUUUAAUAAGUUCACGAUGACCGCAGCAGCCUCCGAGAUAAAGAACAGUAUGGGCUACGGCCUGGCCUGGUCUUAUUACUACGGCUAUCUGAAACUGAUUUUACCCGGUCUAGCUGACAGAGUAAAGACGUCAACUUUUUGGGACGCUAGCAACCAACGCAUCGCCCCCAAACUGUUCAUCCUGCUGCCCACCUCGUGUUUUGCGCACCCCACCCUCACAGACGGGGACUCCGCUGUCCAACCCGGGGCGCACCUUCGCGAGUUCAAGGCCAACCGGUCAGGAAAUCCGCAGAGAGUGUACAGAAAUUUUGUCUAUAAAGUGACCUCGGAAGAUGGGCAGGAUUACUACUGUGUGGCGGAAUAUGCCACACCCCUUCUCACGCUGUUUGAGAUGGAAGAAGACACACUGGCUGACCUGUCAAAGGAGGAAAAACUGAAACAACGGGCAAUUUUCAAGUCCACCUUGUUGGAUAUUUUAACCAGACCUGGGGUCAAGGAAUGUCAGGACGCAUGCGUACUUCUUGAUGUGGAUGAUGCCCCUAAUUCGGCUACAUCGCUCUCCCAGCUGCUAUUGCAGGCUAUCCAGAGGGAAUUGGAAAACUAAGCAGACUAAAACAUCGACAUCUGAGGUGCUGAUAUUUGAGAAAUCUGUGCUCAAGAUUUGACGCCUUUACAACAUAUAUCAAUUUACAUCAAAUUAUAUUGAUAUAUGUUGAAAUAUAUUGACACUUGUGUUACUAUACUAAGUAGGCAAGUAAGGGAAUGGAAAUUAAUUAAAGUGAUUUUUUAAAUUAAGUUAAUUAUGUCAAAAUGACAGUCUCGGUAUGAAAAAUAAUGAUUGAUAUCAACUAGGACAUUUACAUUGAAGUUCUUUUCUUCAAAUAAUGAUUUAUCAGUUUUUCUACCUAAGUGCUCGAAAAAUAAAAACAGAAAUCAUUAAGGACACGAUAGUCCAUAGUCCACUAAAUGAGACAGUUUUAGUUGCACAGAACAUACGCAAGGCCAGUAUUUUUAUAUUUUCAUUUUCUGUAUUUCACUACAUUGCUGUAAGCGUUUUCCAGUGUUGACUUUCGAUCUGUGGCGAUGUAGAUGAUAACAAUGUUCUUAUCACGCUUUGUGAAACUUGGAAUAUCUUAUAUAUCUGCAUGAUCAUUUUCGAUGUAAAAGCAAAUAAUGAUUCACUUGGAGCAAUUA